GUCUCUCUCAGCCAGAGAAGAAGCCCCAAACUAUCCAGCGAGGUAACCCACGGUGACGGGCAGUGCUGCGCAGAGCAACAUGAGGAGACUGGUGAUAAGCAGAAUACCCACAGUGUGAGAGGCGAACCAGGAGAAGAAGAAGAAAGAGAGGAGGAUCUUCUGGACCACCUCCCUCGUCCUCUCACUCCCCACCGAGCUCUUCCUCAGCCCCACUCUCCACUCUGUGGGUGCCAUGAGUCGGAUCUACAACCUGAAGGCCGUGGUUCCCAGGACUGGGGUGUGUAUAGGCGACAGGAGCUCAGAUGUCCCUGCACAUAGCAGGAAGUUCUGUCCGGAGGGCCGGUUCAGCUCUGGCUCACAAACUCUGCCAAUUCCCCAGGAGCCGGCGAAUCAGCAGUCAGACAGGAGGGUGAGGGAUGGCCAACCGGCGGUCAACACGGAAACAGCUGGGCUUCAGGCAGUGCAGCGGCAGGUGGAACAGCUGCAGCUCAGAGAACAGGAAGUGGGGGGCAGUUCCCAUAGUGACAGAAACCCUCGGCAUGGUCCACAGAAAGAGAACAGGAGGAAGACAACUGAGACUCAGAAAGUGGCAGACACACAGACAGAGAUGCACAAAGCCCAGACCCUCUGCCCAUCACAGCACACAGACCUGUGGCUACAACUGAAAACUCCCCAGACCAGAUCUUUCACCAUAAAUGCUCGGGGUUCUCGACUGCUUGAAAACACCGCAAAACCCCAGGAACAAGAUAUCAAGUCCUCACCCAGCCCCACUUCCUCUGUGUCCCCCUCUCCCGCUCUCUCCCCUACUGCUUCUCUCUCUUCUCCCCUCUUCUCCAUCCGGAGUGCCUCUGGUGGCCGAGGGAAGAGGGGCACUACCAUCACCAUCAACCCCAAGAGGCUGGCUGCAGGAACCCCAGCCCCAGCAAGACCCUCAGGGGUCACACCCCAAACACCAGCACCUGCCCCCAAAGCUGUGGGGGAUGGGUGUAAGAAGAGGUACCCUACAGUGGAGGAGAUUGAGGUUAUUGGUGGGUACCAGAAUUUGGAGAACUCCUGCUUAGUGAAACACAGAGGAUCACCAAAAGCGAUGAGGGUAUGUUUUGAUGACUCUCAGCUGGAGCAUGUGUGCGAGUACCCAUCAGAGGCAUCUGUUCUCGCAUCCCUCCCUGGAGUGUGUGAGGAGUAUGUGAGGGUGGAGCCUGAGAGUGAUGAAGAGGAGGAAGGCAGAACGUUUCCAGCCCAUGGUUCCAAGAGUUUGGGUGCAGGGAUAGGAACAGCUCGUGUGAUCCGAGUGGAUGAAUCAUGUCGACGUUAAAUGCUGUACCAGAGGAAGAGGAGGGGCGUUCCCAUUUGAAGGGCGUGUUUUUGCUUAUGAAAAUAGUUUCAUAAUUUCAUUUUUUCAUGUUGAUCUGUCAGUAUUCUCUUUACCAUAAUUUAAUAGAAUACUGUACUUGAAUGAAAUAAUGAUAUAGCUUAUUGAAAAAUAACUGCUGUACAUUUAACAACUGAGCCAAUCUAUUUUAAAAAGAACAUUCAGGUUCAGGAUUUUUGAAAAGCUGGAGAGCUUCUGGAGUUCUACAGAGGUCAAAUCCAGAUUGAUCACACCUUUCACAGAAUAUCAAGGAUUUGUGAACCUUUGGGUACUGGAAUUGGAGUAAAUGUAGUUAAGAAACCUCGCAGAAGUGUGUGCUAGACUCUGUUUUAUUCUUGUGUACUGAUGGCCGUGUUAGUCAUGGUUCAGAUCAUAAAGAACACACAGGAAGCAAAGGUGAAGAAUGUUUAAGAGAACACAUCACAAACCACAGUAUUUCAUAGUGGCUGAACACAGGAAAGUAAUUGUAUGUCUAGUGCCAUAUCUCUCUUUCUAUAUGCACAUCAUAAAAAAACAAGCAAAACAUUUUAUCCACUAUGCCAAUCUACUACUGAAAAUCUAAUGCAUGGUAUGGGUUUUUAGGUUUGACAGACACUUCCUAUUUUUGGUUAAAUCUCAUGAUUAGAUUUUACACAGCCAGGGGAUAUGUGGAUAUCCUUUUAUCCUAAACUCUGUGUAUAGAGCAAUGGCUGAAGGAAAAUAUCUUAACAAGGCUUUUAUCAGUGGUCCUUUUGAUCUUAAGGAUUUAGGGGUUUAUACUUUAUUGAUCCCAAGGAAAAUUGCUGAAUUAUAAAUUUUUCAUAAAAGAUUUUGAGGGGAUACAUUGUAUAGUUAAAGACUGAAAAAUUAACUUAAACUUUUUAAUAUAUUUUACACUCAUAAAACAGAUUUUACAUUCAUUCUAUAGUCUUGUAUUUAGCUCUCCUGUUGUGUUCAGUUUUUCAUAAUAAAUCAUGCUUCUUUCAUUUGAUUGGCAUAAAACUUGAAUUUGUCAAUUUGGUGUAUCUGUACAUAUAAAAUUAAUGAAAACUAGAUUUACAGACUUUUAAGUGGUCUGUUCAAAUUCAUCACACGGGUGGUGCUCCCAGUCAGAUCUUACCAGCUAUAGAAAAGUAAUGUUAGACUGUACAUCUCACUCUGUCUCUCUCUCUCUGCCUAUCACUCAUGUACACACCCAUACACGAACCAAAUUUGAGCUGUCUUGACUGCUGUACCUACCACAGGAAAGUCACUUUGCAGAUAAAAUCAUAUUGUAUCUUUUUUUUUUUUUUUUUUUUUAAAUCUAUGUACAUAUUGCGAACUUUGGUGAGAACAAAGAAGGCAAGUUACAAAUGAAAGUUACGUUCUGGUCAAAGUGUCUCCCCUGAGGAGCCUAAUCAUCAUCUCAGCGUAUUAUUCCGGUGACUCCAGGGCUAACACAUUACGCCAUGUCCAAUGUCGAAGCUAUAAACUAAAGCUUUGAAGUGUUUUUGUUAAAGUAGAUUGAAAAGAUGUUAGAUAUAACAAAUUUGGAGGACAGAUGUGUAUGCACAUAGCUGGAAGGAGGUUGACAGAACUGACGUACAAACAUGCAUGGAUGUGUUGAUUAUGUCUGCUGUAUACAAAGUCACAUUUAUUUAUAUAUAGUUAGUGAUUUUUACAACAUGCGUUAUCACAAAGCAAAUCUGAGGAAUAAAACAGUGAACAAAGCACUGCAACCAGAGGGUUAAAAUGGAGAGAUCUUCAAAGCAAUGUUGAAGAACAGUGUUGUAAAUCAUAAGGUUUGCAUUUUUGAAUUCUAUACGUUUAAAAUUGGAACAGUUUGUUUAAUAGUUUUUUUGACUUCGAAAAUCUAUAUCAUAAUAAAUAAUUAUAACUGGA